CAAACUUCCCCAUUUUUUCUUGCAACCAAAAUGACCAAAAGCAUCCUCGUCGUCCUUACCUCACACGAUCAGCUGCUGACCGGCAAGCCGACCGGCUGGUACCUACCCGAGCUCGCCCACCCAUACUAUGCCUUUAAGAAGGCCGGCUACACGCUAACUGCUGCCUCGCCUAAGGGCGGCAAGGCCCCGCUCGACCAGACCAGCGUGGAAAUGUUCAAGGAGGACGCAGAGUGCAAGCAGUUCCUCAAUGACUCGGAAGCUCAAGAGUUUGUCAACAACACCAAGAAGUUGAGCGAGGUCGAUACAAAGGGCACCGGAUACGAUGCGAUCUUCUACCCUGGCGGCCACGGCCCAUGUUUUGAUCUCCCAGAGGACGCGCACUCGAACGAGCUCAUUAAGAACUUCUUCGAGAGCAAGCGCCCCGUCUCGGCAGUCUGCCACGCUCCCGUCGCCUUUUGCAACACCAAGCUGAGCGACGGAUCGUACAUCCUGAAGGACCGCCAAGCCGUCGCCUUUACCAACGAGGAGGAGGAGCAGGCCGGUAUGACUGACGCGAUCCCGUACCUUGUCGAGACCAGGAUGAUAGAGCGCGGCGCCAAGUUUGAAAAGUCAUCGCCAUGGCAGGAGAAGGUGCUCGUCGACAAGGACUCCGAGGGCCGUGUGCUCAUCACUGGCCAGAACCCUGCCAGUGCUGCGGGAGUUGGCCAGGCCAUUAUCAAGGCGCUUGCAUGAGACGGUCCCUUUCUCGAAGAAACAGACGCCACAAUGGCUGUAGCUGUAACUGUGACUUUGUUGAGUGUUCAGCAAAAAAUCGAUUGCAAUCCAACCAGUGUUGUGUAGGCGGGUGGCAGCUUUUGAACAGAGAACUAUGCUACAUGUGCGCGCGAGCGAGUAUGUACGAACGGAUGAAUACGAACAAAUACC